AUGGGGGACCAAGUUUGGCAGGCAAGAGUCCAGCCGGACUCCCUGGCUAGACUGUUCGAUGUGGCCUGCCAUGUGGCACCAAAAUGGCCAUUUGCUCAGCAGAAGCAUUACGCAAAUGAAGGAGUUCCAGGCUACGCUUCGGCACCUCCAAAGAAGGCACCAUGUCCUUGGUAUCUCUCUGGCUCUUCCACAUGGUCCACAGGCCUUUGUGACUGCACCCAUGACUGUCGUACCUGCUGUCUGACAUGUUUCUGCCCCUGCAUUACAUUUGGGAGAGUGGCAGAGGUUGUAGACCAUGGCCGAACAAGUUUAUUGUUGGCUGUGGGCGUUGGACGUUUGUAUUCAAGCCAAUAUCGAAGAAAACUACGAGCACAGUAUGAUCUGCCUAAGGAGCCAUGUGGUGAUUGUUGUGUGCAUCUGUGCUGUACAAGCUGCGCUGUGUCUCUGGAACACAGAGAACUUAAAGAACGAGGACUUAAUCCAUCUGCAGGUUGGAUAAAUCUUCCAAUGACUCCUCCAACAGCUUAUCAAGGCAUGUAG